AACUCUUUGAGAUGACUUUACUUUUCACCGUCUUAUACUUUAGUAAUUAUUUUUGAAAGAUUGUCUUUCUGCAAAAAACUUUUAACGCUUAAUCUUACUCUUUACAGCUGUCCAGAAUUGCUCAAUUGGAAUAAGCUUGAGGUAUUACACACAUUUAAAUCCUCGAUACUUGAUAUACUCCUUCAUAUUUUUGUGCGUGUAAAUAAAAGGGGUUUAUUCAUAGUCGUAUAAUGUCCUUUCAUAUGUAGAUGCUUAUCCAUUUUAUCGAGAGUCAUUUUUAAGAUACUACAAGUGGGGCCUGUAACAGUACAGCAACUGAGUCGGGACCCUAAAAUGAAAAAAAACAAAACGGAGCAAAAAACUCUGGCGCCAUAAAAAACAGGCUUUUUUUACCCACCCCGAAGAGCAUGGUGAAAGACACUAAACGAAAUAGCGACGAUGAACCACCUGUUGCUACUAUUGAAGGUUGGGAAGAUGGAACACCUUUUAAACGAGAAGUACAUAAACUUGAUCGGUGGGCACUUCAGUCCGCAGACACCAUGACAGUGCAUAUUGGAUCUCAUGAUGUAGUGUUGGUCCAAGAUCCUCAUUCGAACUAUUUGGGUGGAUACAUUUGGUUGUCGUCCAUUGUCUUUUGUUUGUACCUGGAAAGAAUUAGUUCUAAGCGAGAUCGUCACGGCUGGAUCAGUCUAGACCGAAAGAAACGGUGGGUUGAAUUAGGCUCGGGUGUUGGAUUAAUUGGUAUCAUCUUAUAUAAGCUGGGGAUUGAGGAUGUUGUGAUUACUGAUAUUGAAGAGCUUGUGGAAACAAUGGAACGUAAUGUUGAAGCCAAUGGUCUCAAUGUUCGGUCUAUUAAUGGUAGAAGAAAGAAUGAUAAGGAUAAGGAUUAUAUUGUGGUUGAUCCGUUGUUAUGGGAUAACAAACAAGAGAUGGAAAGUAUUAAGGCUGGUGGAGCGAUUGAUUAUAUUGUAGCAUGUGAUUGUAUAUAUUCUGAGACCAGUGCGAUGGAUUUAGUAAACACGAUGGACUAUCUAAGUAAUGACAACACCACUGUUAUUUGUUUGAGUGAAGUUCGAAAUGAAGCAGCCCAGGAAAAAUUCAUGUCUGAAGCGCAGGCACGCUUUCAAGUAGAAUUAAUACCAGCCAUGGAAUGGAAAAAGAAGGUCAAUCAUCAAGUAGAAUUCGAUGAGACACUGAACCUUUACAGGUUACGCAGACCAAAGCGUCGUUUAAAGUCAGCCAAAAAUAAAUGUAAUUUAGCUGUGUAAAACAAUGGGAAAUAUUUCCUUUUUAUAUCUUCCCUAUUCCAUUCCUUUUCUAAAACAAAAAAAAACCAUUUUUUUUCUUCUUCUUCGUUUCUCUUCAUAAUAAUAGUAAUAAUA